AAAAAAAAAAUGGCAAAAAUUAGUGUAUCAUUACAAGUGGCUUUCUGCUGCUUCUUUUUGAUUAGUUACUCUUACAGUUUACCUUCCAAUGAGAUAAUAGUACAAAACGCUCUAAAGGAAGAUUCCCACAGUAUUUAUCAAUGUCCAGAUCCUACAGCUCUAGCAACUCCAGCUCUUUGCACUUUUAGAAUCAAAGAAAGUGGCAAAUUUUUACAACGCAUAACCAAAACAAUAAACUGUCCUGACACUGGAAUUAAUACAGUUAAACUUGGCUGCAUUAUUGUAAGAGACAAUAUGGAUGACGAUAAAGGAGGUUUUGCUACAAUUCGUGAGGGUGGCGUCGGUACCUUUGCUGUAACCGUUUAUCUAAAAUCUCAGCUUAAUCAGGGCCUCGACUAUAAUGUACAAAUUUUCACCGUUAAUAGCAAUGCAACAACAGGAAAACCCUAA